GGCUUUCAAGGCAAGAUGGCUGCGAGAUUGUUUGCAUUUCGUCCGGCUAUUUACCAGCCGGCAUCAUGUGGCUCAGUAAGAAAUAUGGCUACGCUUAAAGAAAUUUCAAUCCGGCUGAAAAGUGUGAAAAAUAUUCAAAAAAUUACCAAAUCAAUGAAGAUGGUGUCAGCAGCUAAAUAUGCUAAGGCUGAGCGAGAGCUUAAACCAGCAAGGGCAUAUGGUGAAGGAGCAUAUGCUCUCCCAGACAAAGCUGAGUUGGAAGUUGAUGAGCAAAAGCCCAAUCACUUGAUGGUGUUACUUUCCUCAGAUCGUGGUCUUUGUGGUGGCGUCCAUUCUAGUUUGGCUAAAGCUGCAAAAGCAGCCAUUGCUGAACAACCAAGCAGUAUAAACACCAUGCUUGUACCUUGUGGUGAUAAGGCUAGAACCAUUCUACAAAAAACACAUGGUCAGAAUAUCCUAUUCCAUGUUUCUGAAUUGGGCAAGAAGCCACCAACAUUUGCUGAUUCAUCUGCGAUUGCUCAAGAGAUUCUUGAAAGUGGCUAUGAAUUUGAUGUUGGCAAACUGAUUUAUAACAAGUUUCAAUCUGUUGUUGCAUAUGAAACACAAAUGAAACCAAUGUUUUCGUUCGAGACAUUAAAUAGUGCAGAAACAUUGAGCAUAUAUGAUGAUGUUGAUGCAGAUAUCAUGAGAAACUUUCAAGAGUUUAAUCUUGCUUCUAUGAUAUUCUUCGGUAUGAAAGAACAAUCAUGCAGUGAGCAAAGUGCCAGAAUGACAGCUAUGGAUGGAGCGAGCAAGAAUGCAGGUGAAAUGAUCGAUAAACUAACGUUGACUUUCAACCGGACCCGUCAAGCUGUUAUCACAAGAGAACUUAUCGAGAUCAUGUCAGGCGCUGCAGCCUUGGAGUAGAGACAUUUUUCAUUUAAAGAGUGUUAGACGCAUUGUUACGCUAAUAAAUUGUUUUCAAUAUAAA